AAGAAUAUUCUCAAGUAGUAACAAUUAGUUAAUUUAAUAAUUACCACACCACACACACUAGUAGUUUGCUACAUCACACCUACUCCCAUUUAUACCAAACAAAUGUCCAUCACAAUAUCAUCAUCGAUAAUCCAUCACAUCAAAUGUUGUGAAGACACAGUGGGUCGUCGCAAGAAAAUUUCAAUCGACGAAAAAAGCCUAACAUGUUUCCCUGAAAAAAACCUCAUCCUUAACGCCCCGACAAUCAAGCCGCCUCGUCCGCGUCGAAUCAUCCUCGUUCGACACGGACAAAGUGAGGGAAACGUGGAUGAGGGCGUUUAUACCCGUGUGGCGGACCCAAAAAUAGGAAUAACCGAGAAAGGAAAACGUGAGGCUGAAGAAUGCGGGAUAAGAAUACGCGAAAUGAUUGAAAAUGAACAAGGCGUGGAUGAUUGGAAAGUUUAUUUCUAUGUUUCCCCGUACAGGAGAACUAUCGAAACGCUUCGCGGGUUAGGCAAAGCGUUUGAUAAGUCUCGGAUUGCUGGGGUUAGAGAAGAACCAAGAUUGCGCGAACAAGAUUUCGGGAACUUCCAAGAUCAAGAACAGAUGAGGAUUCAAAAAGCAGCUCGUGUUCGGUAUGGUCGAUUUUUCUACCGGUUUCCAAACGGAGAAUCCGCAGCAGAUGUCUAUGAUCGAAUCACUGGGUUUCGGGAGACGUUGAGAACGGAUAUAGACAUUGGAAGAUUUCAGCCCCCAGGGGAACAAAGCCCUAAUAUGAAUUUGGUGAUAGUUUCACAUGGUUUAACAUUGAGAGUGUUCUUAAUGAGAUGGUACAAAUGGACUGUUGAGCAAUUUGAGAGGCUUAACAAUAUGCAGAAUGGGAAUAUGAUUGUGAUGCAAACCGGCCAGGGUGGAAGAUACAGUUUGUUAGUGCAUCACACUGAACAACAAAUGUUAGACUUCGGUCUGACUCAAGAGAUGCUCGAUGAUCAAGAAUGGCAAAAAUCAGCAAAGCCAGGCGAACUAAACUAUGAAUGGUUAACCAGCGGACCAUCCUUCUUCACCCAUUUAGAGAAUGACAAUGGAAGACUCAGCUAAACACUAAAGAUUUAGGCGGUAGCAAAUUUUAUAAUUUCAAUAGCUACUGAAAUAGUUACUAUGGUUUGUGCAUGUGAUAUCAAGACUACAACGAACAGAUGUCAAGAGUUUAUAAGAAUGUUUAUAGAGUUUAUUAAUGUAACUUCAAUUCUUUGCA